GUUAUUCAACCACCGCCAUGGAAUUUGUGGUGAACCUGGAGGCCGCCUUCUCAACACCCCCUGGGCAGCCUUCAACAGACAGCCUUGUGGAACCGGCCAAUGCCACAACGUGGGCUGGCAGUCGUGACGAAUCACUGGCGCAUGUGGAGCUCAGUGUGCUCGCUUUGAUCUUCACGUUCACUGUGGCCGGCAACGGUUGCGUACUAGCUGCCUUGGCAGCGCGGCGUUCGAAGAUGACGAGAAUGUACUACUUCCUCUUGCAGCUCUGCAUCUCCGACUUGACCACUGCUUUCUUGACGGUGCUGCCGCAACUCGGUUGGGACGCGACUUACCGUUUUCGGGGUGGAAAUGUCGCCUGCAAGUUCGUGAAGUUUGGACAGCUUCUGGGACCAUACCUGUCCUCUUACGUCCUUGUCGUGACGGCAAUAGACCGUUACCAGGCCAUUUGCUUCCCCCUCUCAAACUGUUCCUGGACGCCUACAAAGUCCAAGCUACUCAUCUCCGUCGCCUGGAUCGUGGCGCUUCUGUGCUGCGUGCCGCAGCUGUUUAUCUUCAGCUACCACGAAAUUUCGCCUGGAAUUCACGACUGCUGGGGCACGUACGUCGAGCCAUGGGGCCUACGUGCGUAUGUCACCUGGUACGGCGUCUCCGUCUUUUUCGUGCCAUUGCUGGUGUUGACUUUCACGUACGUGCGCAUAUGCCGCGCCAUCUGGAGGAACGUGUACCUCAAGCGGCGUAAUUCUGAAGCUGAAGCGGCAUGCAUGGUUGGUCGCGCUUAUCGCUUCAAGGGCACAUCGAGCUUUAUGGGCCCGCGGAGCCAUUCUGUGCGCGGCUUGUCCCGGGCCAAGAUCAAGACCGUGAAGAUAACGGUUGUGGUUAUACUGCUGUACAUCGUCUGCUCAUCGCCCUUCAUCUGCGUACAGAUGUGGAUGCACUGGAGCCCCAAGAUUGACUACGGCAAUUCUUGGACCAACGCCGUCGUGACAAUCCUGAUGCUGCUCAACAGCUUGAACAGCUGCGUGAACCCCUGGAUAUACCUGCUGUUCAACCGGAACCUGAUGCACGCGCUCAAGCACCAGGUGUGCCGCUGUCCGGCCAAGAACGUCAGCCCCGGUUUGGCCGCGAGUGGAAUCGUUCCCGAGCUGACAACGCAGGGAACUGAGGCCAACGUGACGCUCAUUCAGCAGCCGCCGGUGUCCAUGCUCGUGGAUUUCGAGUCCUCCGGUGGUUGCAGGGGACAGCGUGUCUGCUGCCGCGCCAGAAUGCUCGGUGACAGGAAUGGCGUCUCUUCGGGCGAGACGAUCGCGAUGACUCCCUUCGCUCUGCAGGCGGCGAGCUCCAGCGACGACCGCGGCGAACGAUGUGUGCCGUGUCGGUGAACAUCGAGCGAUGAGUUCUUCAGCAGAUGGUCAUCAGUGGCCUGCCCUCGUCGAAUUUGAGGAAAAUAGUACUUUAGUAUACGUCAACGUGUGCACGUGGAGAUCACGGCGAAUGCUACUUCGGGCUUCUCUGUAAACAAGUCCAUUCGUGUCAGCAGCAGCAUCAGUCGUUUCACUCUGUCUAGCACGAAAAUGCGGGAACAGUCGAUCAGGUUUUGAACACACGCACAAUUUUCUAGAUUACUGGCCUGUUGUAACGCAUACGAACUGAACUAUAGAUUACCACGGACUGGUGACCUCACAUCGGUGUAGUCAUGCUGGCCAAAGACUGUUCCAUCGUAUGUAUGUGUGGAAACGUGUUUGCGUUCGUGUUAAAUACAGCUACAGGUGGCACACUUCCUUUGAAAUCUCUAGGUGUCUGCGCUAGCGAUGCCUCAGUUUCAUAAAAUAUGUACACGUAACAAGAACAAAAGACCGUUCCGUAGCAAUGCUUGAGAACUGCCUAUUUGUCAUCUAGAAGCGACGCGUCUGUGCUUGAUUAUCCGCAGACAAUGAGCGUUGUGUGCCGUAGUUCUUUCCAAGAACCCAUGGUAAUUUGUCAGACGUUACGCUUGGACCUCCUCACUUGACACUUAAGACUCAUGUUGCUUACCCGAGACCAGAAAACGUUAUUCUGUUUAACAAAUCUAGAUUUCUCAUUAUUAUACUAUUGCAUAAAAAUGUACGCACAUGCACGCGCACAA